AUGCUCGUUAAGACAUCUACCAUCGCCAUGUUCAUGGCUGUUGCCUCUGUCUCGGCAAAGGCAAAGCCGCACGCACAGAGCGUGCAACCCGAUUUUGGCUUUUGCGUUCCGACCAUGAAGUUCGAGGGAGGCUUGGGAGGUCGACAGGCUGAUGAGUUUGCCUUCCGUCCCAUCGAUCCUGUUGUUGCCCAAGAGCAGAAUUCGGCCAUGGAUCCAAACAUCAUCGCCGCUCAAAUCUGCGAGGCACUCGCAGGCGCUUGUGAGGCCAACGAGGCUGCCCAAGCGCUCUGCCUCGAUGCCAAAGCCCAGAUCAAAGCAUUGGGCACUCGUGACCAGACCACAGCCGACAACUGGAACGACAUCAUCGCCAGUGGUCACACCCCCGCCGUGACACCCGAACUCAAGAAGAGAGAUCCCACUUCCCGACCUGAAAGACGCCAGAUUGAGUUUAGACCAUGUGAUGCGGAACGAUGGAUCGACGAUUGCACCGGCUGGCCCAGAAAGAGAGAAGAGUCCGUCUCUGAGGCCGCCCCUGUCAAGAGAUCCGAGGCCAUGCAAUACAGCACUCCAGUCAAGCGAGACACCUCGUCCAGCGAACACCUCAACAAGAGACAAAUCCCCUUCCGACCCUGUGACGCCGAACAAUGGAUUGAUGACUGCACUGGCUGGCCUUGA